AUGAGAAUCUCCUUGAUGUCAACCACUCUCGCUCAAGGUGUCAUUGAUUGGAGUCGAGAUGGACAUGUAUUGACUGCUGAGCAAAAGAAAUUCUACGAACGCGAAGGCUAUAUCGUCAUCCGAAAUGUCGUUCCUCAAUAUGAGCUCGAUCGGUAUCAGAAAAGAUUCAUGGAAAUCUGCAAGAUGAAAGGCGUUGCCCAAUCGAUGACGGUGAUGAGAGAUAUGACGAUCGCUCGCAGUGAAUAUGUUCCCGGUGAAAAAGCGAUCAUGAAAGUUCAAGAUUUCGGAGACGAUCCUAUUCUCUUCGACUAUUGCAAGUAUCCAGCGAUCGUGGACACGGUGAAAGAUUUGAUCGGAACGCCAAACUCAAACCUUUUGGCCAUGCACACAAUGCUCAUCAACAAGCCGCCAGAUAGCGGUUCCCUUACUUCUCGUCAUCCGAUGCACCAAGAUCUUCAAUAUUUCCCGUUCCGACCCGCCGAUUUCAUCUGUUGCUCUUGGACUGCUAUGGAAAAAAUCACUCGCGCCAACGGCUGUUUGGUUGUCGUGCCGCGUACUCACAAAGGACCCCUUUUGCCACACGAGUACCCGAAAUGGGAGGGUGGCGUCAACCCGAUGUACCACGGAAUUCAGAGCUAUGAUCCAAAGAUGCCGAGAUUGCAUGUGGAGAUGGAAGCCGGUGACACAGUCUUCUUUCAUCCGCUUCUCAUUCAUGGAUCCGGCACAAACAGGACAAAUGGUUUCCGAAAAGCGAUCUCUUGUCACUAUGCAAACGACGAUCUGUGCAGAUAUGUAGAUAUUGAUAAAAAUCAAGAGUUCACCGCCAACGAGAUUCUGGAUGUGGCGCGGAAACGCAUGAAAAAAUACGGAAUGAGCGAAGAAGAGGCGAAAGCCGUGCAAAUCGAUUUUGCCGACAUUUGGCGCCUACGAGCCCGAGCCGUCAACGGAGUUCGCCAACACCUU